AUGAAGGAAACGCUGCGGAAAAAGUCCACGAGAUCGGACUCCAACAGCGACUUUGACACCACAAGUGAAGCGCCCUCCAACCCAUGGGCAAGCGAGUCUUCGUCGGCGGCGAAUGGUGAGUCCAUCUCACGACAGACGUCCAAAUCAUUCAAGACCCCCGACACCGGGUCUCCCAUCAGACCUACAGCUCAGGAAAAAUCUGCAUCACCGCCACCGCCGCGGUCGACAACGCCGGCGACACUUGAAGUGAACGGCGCAGAAAACGGCACUGACAAGCCAACCCGCCGGAGGAAAACCAUUACGAAGACACCUCACACUUUUGAGCUCGAGGUCGACCUGAACCCCAUGAAGAAAGAACCACCACCACCGCCGCUGCUGCCAGCGGCUCCAGAACUGCCCAAGACCGAAGCAGCCGCCUCGACCCCAGCGCCGAAGAAGAAAAAGAAGGUCUCUCAAGGUCCGCCUCCAGAAACGCCAAAGUCGAUAACAGUCAAUGCUGUACCUUCCAUUCAAUCGACACCCGCAACCCCAACGUCGCCAAAACCUGUUUCGGUGCCGCCGUCGCAAACAUCAACGCCAACCUCCGUGGCACAACAUGGGCCUAUCUCGCCCAAACAGACUCUCCCGACACCUGCGGCUCACCCCUUUACCGCCACCCACCGACCCAAGAAGUCUCUAUCGUCGUCUACCGCCGUCACCGCGUCCAGCAAUCCAUGCCGCUUCACUCCCCCUCUUCUACCGGACGAAUCCUUCUAUGGCAAAGUUAUCGUCUUGACCAACGGUGCGUCUCAGACUGGCCAAGCUCUGAUCCGCCAGUUUCACGCCGCUGGCUCGCGCGUCAUCUUUGGCGACAAGUCGUCCGACCAAGCCCGCAAGCUUAUCUCGUCUCUCCCCCCUCCUCACGUGGUGCAUUUCAACAAAUGCGACAUGACGCGGUACUCGGACAUUUUGGAGCUCUUCAAGCUCGCAACGACCAUGUACGGACGGGUCGAUCAUGCCAUCUUCGGCGUAGGCGAUGACGGCGGGCAGGCACGGUCGGUCGCCGAGGCCGAGCGCGGCUGGUUCGACCAUGACCGGCCAGGUGUGAACAAGACUUUCCGCAUGGCCGUGUCGGAGAUUGAGCGCGAACCCUACGGGCUGGGCGAGACGUUAACGGCGGCCACGAGGUUUGCGAGGAUCGCCAUGGCGUACCUGAAAUACUCGCCCAAAGCGAAGCCCAAGUCCAAGCCUGUCAAUCCGUACGCGAGUCCACGACCCGACGACAGUGCGGGGGGAGAAGGAGGAGGAGGAGGACAAGCAGCCAAGAACGACCGGAGCCUGACCUUUGUCACGAGCGUCGCGGCGUUCAAAGAAACCUCUGGGCUACCCAUCUACCAGAUCGCGCAGCACGGGAUCUUGGGCCUGGUCAGGAGUCUCCGCAGCGCCGUCGACCCGGAUCCCGAACGCGACGGGGUGAGGAUCAACGCGGUCGUUACCAAUAUCAUGGUUCCGCGGGCGCUGGCACAGAGCGGGGGAAGAAUGAGCGUGCAACUUCCGCCCGACCGACCGGAGGACGUGGCGCGCGUGGUUGCCGGGGUCGUGGCGACGAGCAGCGCGAACGCCGCCAUCACGACGGACGGGACGGACACCGGCAUCACGACCGGAGGUGGCAUCUGGUACGAAAAGGGAUUCGAGCGUGGUGUGAGGGAGAGGUACCUGCACGGCCGCAUCAUUUACGGCGUCGGUACCGAAUGUUGGGAUGUCCAGGAAGGUUUGGACAGGAGUGAGACUUUGUGGAUGGGUGCGAAGCCCGUCGAAGCCAUGAUGAAGGCGACUGGGACUACAGACGUAGGACAGGCUGACGGAGGUGGUGCCAGUGGUGGUAGCAGUAGCAGUUGGAUUUUGGAUUUAGCGUAG